CAAUGGAACAACAUGAUAGCUGGGGGCCUGGCGGGCUCCGCGGCAGUCUUAUUCCUACACCCGUUUGAUGUCAUCAAGACCCGUCUGCAGGUCCAAGAUGGAGCUUCCUUGGCAUUGCAGCAGUACAAGAACGCGCUGGACGCCGCGCGCAGCGUGCUGACUCAGGAGGGAUGGAGAUCCUUCUACAGGGGGCUUACGCCCGCGCUGAUCGGCGUUUCCUGGGCCGCCUACUUCGCCAUCUACGAGGCGGUCAAGUCGUGGCACUGCCAGUGGCAGGGACGGGACCGGCUCAGCGCGGGAUGGAACAUGGCCAGUGCGGCACAAGCGGGAGCGAUGGUGUGCCUUCUCACUAACCCAAUCUGGCUGGUGAAGACCCGGCUGCAGCUCCAAAGAGCGCCCAUCGCGGCGGCGGCAGCAGCCACAGCCGCUAAUGCCACUGCGGGUGCUGCUGGAGCAGUAGCAGCAGCAGCAGCGGGCCGGCAGAUGUUGCCGUACAGCGGCUUCCUGGAUGCUAUGAUUCGUAUCGGGCGGGAAGAGGGCCUGAGGGGUUAUUACAAGGGCCUGGGGCCAUCAUUAUUGCUGCAAACCAUGCACGGCGCCGUACAGUUUGCUGUGUACGACGAACUCAAGUACUUUGCAUCGCGGUUCGGUCGGUCUGCGGAGGAGUGUGACCGGCAGCUGGGCAGCGGCGAGCUGUCGCUGUUCGCCGCCUCCUCGAAGCUCACUGCCAGCGUCACCACCUACCCCUCGCAGGUGGUACGAUCACGGCUACAACAACGAAUGGACGUGAGCCGUACACUCGUGUACAACUCUACUAGCCAGGUGGUCCAACUGACGUGGCAGAGGGAGGGUCUGCGGGGCUUCUACAAGGGGCUGGGUCCGGCGCUCCUUAGAGUGAUGCCGCAGAGCGCCGUCACUCUGGUGGCAUACGAGAACAUUCUUCGAUUACUG